AUGGAGAUCUACCAGAAGUGCUCCACCUGCAGGGCGAUCUCCAUCAUUAAGGACCCUUACCACCACAUCAUCUCCCUCCUACCAUCAGGGAAGAGGUACAGAAGCAUCAGCUGCAGAACCAGCAGGAUGCUAAACAGCUUCAAAUUGUUGAAAGUCAUGCAGGUCAUACAGGUUCAACAGGACCCAAGGGACCUGGUUCUGUCCAAAGGAUCAUCGAUGAAGGUCACCUGCUCUAUAACUGCCACAGGUAUGCAGCUCAUACAGGUCCAACAGGACAAACGGGACCUGGUUCUGUCCAAAAGAUCAUCGCUGAAGAUCACCUGCUCUAUAACCGGCACUACUAACCCAUAUCUUUACUGGUACCAUUGGAAUGAAACAUCAGGGUUCACACUGGUCUUCACCUCUACAUUUACUGGUUCAGUGACUCCUGCCAGUGAGGGUCAGUUUAAAUCUCACAGACCUGAUUGGCUUCAGAUCAUUCUGGAGUCUGAUGGAGUGAGUGAGAUCGGAUCUGCAGUGUGGUACUGUGCAGCCAGUCCCCACAGCAUCACAGUGUCAUCACAGAGCUGUACAAAAACCACAUCAUCUUCUAAAGCUUGGGUUUUAUGCUCAAAUACACAGUAUGCAGCUCAUACAGGUCCAACAGGACCCAAGGGACCUGGUUCUGUCCAAAGGCUCAUCGCUGAAGGUCACCUGCUCGAUAACCAGCACGAGUAA